AUGGGCAAUCGGUAUGCUGAGAUCGAACAAGCUUACCAUGAUGCGCCCAUGGAGGUCGCUGUCAUUGUUUCUCGGGAUCGUGUGACAGAAUUUCUCGUUGGACGAAAUCAUAGGCUUGUCCAGUACUCGGGGUUCCUCGGACGACUUUUGGCCAACCUCAGGGACCGGAACGGCAAUGAAGUCUUCCGCGAAAUGAUCGCCCAGACAUGCCAGAGGCAUAUUGAAGAGCGAUACAAUAGCAGUCGCGACAAAGAUUAUUCUAUGGGUCCAACAACAGUGGCGUCGCUAAAAAUCGACAAACCCGAGCUAGGCAGAGCCGCCCUUGACGCCGUCGGGGAUAGCUUCGCCACACCUACCUUCAAGCUCUUCGGCAGACUGGGGUUCGAGAAAACGAGAGAAUUGUAA